CUUCGUGGGAGAAGAGGAAAUGGAGUCGAAGAGCCUGCUCGUUCCUGCUGCGGUCUUGCUGCUAACCCUCGCCCUCCACGUCGUACAAUCGACGAGCUAUCACGAUUUGGACAACGAGGAUGCUGGCAGCGAACACGGACACGGGGGAGGAGGUGGACACGGGGGAGGAGGUGGACACGCUCACUCCUUCCAUCACUUCUCUGGGCCAGUAGUGGGCCAUCACGAAGAGGUCACGUGGAAGGACAAACACGGGCAUCUUCAUCACGACUACAGGGCCCAUCCCAAGUACAAGUUCGCGUACGGCGUGGACGACAAACACACGAAGGAUUUCCACGGGCAGAAAGAGCAUCGCGAUGGGAAAGAAGUGGAAGGGGAGUACCAUCUUCACGAGCCCGGAGGCAACGUGAGAAGCGUUAAGUACCAUUCGGAUCCUCAUGGAGGUUUCUUCGCGGAAGUUCACAAUUAUGGAGGAAACGAUCAUUCAGGUGGCACUUAUGGUGGACAUAAACACGGAUAAAUAACAACGUUUAUUGUUAUCCAAUCCGUAUAUAUUUGUUGAACUCGCGUCGUAUGUUUUAUUUUCAUUAGAUCCAAGUUAUUGUUUUCAUUGUUGUUGUUUUAAAAAAUUAAUCGUUUUAAAAAAUAAACCAGCAUAUAUUGGAAAGCCGAUAUAAUAGAAGCGAUUCGAUUAACUAACAAACACCGAUGAAAAAAAUAUUAAAAUUCAAAACGAAGGAUUAAAAAUCGAAUAUUCUUCGUCGAGCCGUAAAUUCGAUAAAUAAAUUUUAUUCAACUUGAAAAUAA